GAGUAUUGUUAUCUUGCUGAUAUCGUCGGCUACAGUUUAAAAGCAAAUCAAAUUGUGUGAUCCACCUUUUCGCUUGUAAACUGAAGGAGAGUGAAGUUUAAAAAAAAUGGGCUUUAUUGAAACCGUUCUUCAAAUUCUCGGUCUCGUUACUACCACUACUAUAAUUUACUCGCCAUCUACUGAUGUUUCUUCCAAUUUGAAACUUUUAAAUACCACGACUUCUCCUGAAUUUUUAUCUACGACGUACGCAAUAUUAAACGUUACUAGAGUAAAUAAUACAGACUUGAAUAAUUCGACGAACUUUCUUGACGUUUCAACCACUUUACAUCAGGGCAAUUCUUUUAAACCUACCGUUACUACAAAAAUUGAUCAAAGUAAGAAGCCCACAGCAUCUUCGGGCGGAACCACAGGGACCGGGAAGCCCACAGCAUCUUCGAGCGGAACCACAGGGACCGGGAAGCCCACAGCAUCUUCGAGCGGAACCACAGGGUCCGGGAAGCCCACAGCAUCUUCGAGCGGAACCACAGGGUCCGGGAAGCCCACAGCAUCUUCGAGCGGAACCACAGGGUCCGGGAAGCCCACAGCAUCUUCGAGCGGAACCACAGGGACCGGGAAGCCCACAGCAUCUUCGAGCGGAACCACAGGGACCGGGAAGCCCACAGCAUCUUCGAGCGGAACCACAGGGUCCGGGAAGUCCACAGCAUCUUCGAGCGGAACCACAGGGUCCGGGAAGUCCACAGCAUCUUCGAGCGGAACCACAGGGACCGGGAAGUCCACAGCAUCUUCGAGCGGAACCACAGGGACCGGGAAGCCCACAGCAUCUUCGAGCGGAACCACAGGGACCGGGAAGCCCACAGCAUCUUCGGGCGGAACAGAACCUACUCCCACUGAUGCACCUAAAAAAUUAAGCCGUGGAGCUGUUGCUGGUAUUGUAAUAGGUGUUUUAGUGAUUGUAGCCAUUUUGAUUGCAGUAGCAGUCAUCUUCAUAAAGAGAAGAUCUCAAAGCGAAGACAGACGCCCUUUAACAGCGUAGCACGAUAUGAAAUAGAAAUGA